CCCACAACCAGGCACACGACCUCGCCCACGCCUCUCUCCGCGACUCCGCCUUUCAUCACCAAGCUCCUCUCUCUAGUCCCUCCAGUUAAUUUCCAAACGCACAUAUAGAGCGCGGCGGCCGCCGGCGAUAUAUGCUGCUGUACGCACCGGCGCCGCGCUGAUCGAGGACGUUCUGUAGAAGAGAAUUCUUCAAUUCUGUGUCCGUGCCCGGCGGCGGCGAUGAGGAGCGACGGGAUUAAGGGGGCUUCGUCUUCGCCAUGGAGAUCCCUCCUGGGCGGCUGCCUGGGCGGGGCAGGGUGCGGGGCUAAUCCUCAGAGCCGGAAGAAGGUCCGCCCCCGCGGCUCCGGAUCUGGGACCGGCGGCGGGAUGCGGCGGCUGUCGUUCACGGACCUGAGCGGCGGCGGGGCGGAGGACCUGUCGGUGUCGCUGGUGGGGUCGAACCUGCACGUGUUCACGGUGGCGGAGCUGCGGGCGGCGACGCGCGACUUCGACGACGCCAACUUCCUCGGCGAGGGCGGCUUCGGCCCCGUCUACAAGGGCUUCGUCGACGGCGCCGUCAAGCACGGGCUCAAGCCGCAGCACAUCGCCGUCAAGCUCUGGGACCCCGAGGGCGCACAGGGACACAAGGAAUGGCUGGCAGAGGUGAUCUUCCUGGGGCAGCUGCGGCACCCCAACCUGGUGAAGCUGGUUGGCUACUGCUGCGAGGACGAGCACCGCCUCCUCGUCUACGAGUACAUGGCCCACGGCAGCCUCGAGAACCACCUCUUCCAACAUGUUCCGGCCACGCUGCCAUGGUCAAUAAGGCUAAACAUCGCCGUCGGCGCUGCGAAGGGAUUGGCGUUUCUCCACGACGCCGAGAAGCCGGUCAUCUACCGCGACUUCAAGGCCUCAAAUAUCCUCCUCGACUCGGACGACGGUGCGAAGCUUUCAGACUUCGGGCUGGCCAAGGAUGGGCCAGAAGGGGACGAUACGCACGUGUCGACCCGGGUCAUGGGCACCCACGGCUACGCGGCGCCGGAGUACAUCAUGACCGGCCACCUGACGGCGAAGAGCGACGUGUACAGCUUCGGGGUGGUGCUGCUAGAGAUCCUGACGGGCCGGCGAUCGGUGGACAAGUCACGGCCUAGCAGAGAGCAGAACCUGGUGGAGUACGCACGGCCCGGGCUCAGGGACCCGCUCCGGCUGGCCCGUCGGAUCAUGGACCCAGCCCUGGAGAACCGGUACCCGGCCCGUGCGGCCCAGAGGGCGGCGCUAGUAGCGCACCAGUGUCUGAGCGGGAGCCCCAAGAACCGGCCUGACAUGUCGGCCGUCGUGGAGGCGCUCGAGCCGCUGCUUAAGGUUAGCAUGGAGGAUGACGUGGCGGGUAGCGGGGUUGGGCCGGUGGUGCUCUUCGUGGCUGCACCGGAGGAGGAGAAGAAGGAGAGAAAACAGGAGCGGGCGAGAACACUGCAGAGUCGGCACCGGAGGAGGCUCCGGUCGCCGAAGAUGAGCCCCAGGAAGCGUGGCGCUCAGCAGAAGGAGGAGUUCUGGGUGUGGCAUGUGCCGGCCGACGAUGACAAGGCUUGACGCCGGCGAAUGCCUGGCCCGAGAGUUCGUGUUUGUGUGUGUAAAUGUACAUAAGAAAGAGAUGGUGACGUGAGGUGAGCUGCUGAUGUUGUUGAUUAGGGAUUUAGGAUUUGCAAAUGCAUCCCUGUAAUUCUAGCAGGCGUGGUGGUGGUUUCGUUGGGUUUUUAUUUUCUUUCCUAGCAUUUGGUUUUACAGCGAGAUGCAGAGUGAGUGUGGCCCAUAAGUGGGGCAAUUUAUAUAGAGUAUCACGGAAAAUUCUCUUCUCUACUGCAGUGUACUGUAUGAUUUUGUCGAACAAUGCCGCAGUAUAUACGCGACUGUCUUGAGAUGAAA